AUGCAACUCUCGAGAUUGAUACUGCUGCUAGCAGCUGGGGUGUCCCAGGCAGUCGCUACUUGGUCGAUUCAUGAUGCGAGCAUAACCGUCUCUGCGAAGAAGGGCGCCGAUAGCCUGAAAGAGAAGCUUGACUCACCUUUGACAAAGCCCGUACAGCUUGGAGCCAGCGAUUCCCUCAAGAUCGUCCUCACAGCCAAAGAUGGCGGAAAGGCCAAGCGCCCGCAUCAGGCAUUCGUGCUUCUGUCUGGCACCAAAACAGGCCUUUCGGCUCCCUUCCCAAUGACCGUCAAGGAGAAUGGAAAGGCGAUGGUUCAGAUUGCCUACAAGGACGUACCUCUGCAACUCCUGGCACUGAAAGAGCCCAUUCAAGCCAACAUUGUUCUCGCAUCUUUUGGUGAUUCGCCCGGUGUCAACCUUCCGCAAUUCACCAUCAACUUUGUGCAGGACCCGAACUCACCGGCUCCCGAGGUUGAGGCCCCUGUCCGGUACCAAAAGAAGCCUGAAAUUCGCCACAUUUUCCGCCCGGACCCCAAAUCCCCGCCCAAAGUCGUGUCUCUCUUCUUCGCUGCCGCUGUCGCUGCCACGGUGCCGGUCUUGUUCAUUGGCUGGACCAUGCUCGGGGCGAACCUCAACCAUUUGCAAAAGGCUCUCGGCGCAGCCCCGUUGUCGCAUGCCACCUUUUUCGGAUCUAUCCUGGCGAUGGAAGGGGUCUUCUUCCUAUACUACAGCGGGUGGAAGCUGUUCAAGAUCUUGCCCCUCAUCGGUGUUGUUGGCUUCACCACAUUCAUCAGUGGCACCAAGGCUUUGGGCGAGGUGCAGAGCAGACGCUUGGCUGGUGAGAGGUAG